UAAGAUUUUUUGUAUAGAAGUCGAAUCGUCGGCAAAUUACAGUUUCGCUAGCACCGCUAGUGCUGUAAAUAGAUGAACCUCAACUUGUUUAGACCAGGGCUGUUUGGUCAAGAACAAAGUGACUAUAAACCGAGGGGAGACACCGACUGCAAUGAUGCAUAUCGGACUUCAUUAUGAGUCCGGCGAUUCGCGGGAACGCGGCAGCCUCGGUUUGUUUCAGCUUCGUCAGUCUGCUGAUCAGGUUUCGUUUGUUAAUUUGUUUGGAGAUUUGUUACUGUUUUGGAUUAUAUUCGGUUCUAAAUCAACUAUGAAAAUGGCGUUAUCAAGAAAAGAAGCUGAUGAAUUGAAGCCUCAAAUCAGUGGAAUUGUUGAAAAAGUACUUGGUUUCUCCGACAAUUCUGUUGUCGUGGCAGCAAUCCAAUGUCUACAGAAGGAUAUGGACAAAGGAAGAAUAAUUGAACAUCUGCAACCUCUGAUGGAUAAAUCAGCAAAAAAGUUUGUUGAGGAGUUGUAUACAACAGUUGAACUUUCUAAAACGAAAAAGAAAAGCAGAAAAAGAAAGGAGGAUGAAGUUGAAACAGCAGUGACUAAGAAAGUUCGUCGUUUUGUUGAACCAGAUAUUCCUGUUGCUCUUCCUGCUGAACCCAUCGCUGAGAGUCCUGGAAUGCUCACCACUCAACAGAUCAAAAACAUGAUGGAACACGCCAGAAAACAAAUUGAACAAAGGAAGGAACAAUUGAAAAUGAUGGAUCCAGCUGAUAUCAGAGCUCAAGCUGAAGCAGCUAAGAUUUCCAAUGGCAGUGAACAGCAGGCUCUGAUAGAAAGUUCAAUGACAAAAGCUGAAAAAGCUGCAGAAUUGCAAAGAAAAAUACAAGAAAAAUUAGCGGCUAGGCCUGGACUCUUAAGUGCACCACCUUCGACCCCCGAAGCAAUGACAUCACUGAUUGCUAAAAUCACAGGCAAAGCAGGCGCGGAGGAAAGUGCACCAAAGCCACUUAUAUUAGAUGACCAAGGAAGAACAGUUGAUGCAACAGGGCAGUUGCUCAACAUUCCACAAAGAGUUCCAACUUUGAAGGCAAACAUCAGAGCCAAAAAGCGUGAAGAAUUUCGACAAAAAAUGCUGGAGAAGCCGGAAGAAGAAUCUUCAUCAGAAGUUAAAACGUUUUAUGAUCCCAGAGUUCCACAGGAAGGUCCGACAAGACAGAAACGACAAUUUAAAUUCUAUGAUAAAGGAAGAUUUGUACAAAUUGCCCAAAAGAUAAGGACAAAGACUCAACUGGAAAAAUUACAAAAUGAGAUUGCACAAGCAGCUAAGAAGACAGGCAUCCAGCAAGCUUCAAAACUUGCUCUUAUCGCACCAAAAGCUGUAGUUGAAUCUGGACAAAUACCUGACCUCGAGUGGUGGGACGAGUAUCUCAUCCCGCAAGAAAAUUCCAUUGACACAUCAGAAGAAAAAUAUCAUGGGAUAACAAAUUUGAUUGAACAUCCUACGCAGAUGGAUCCACCAGGUGAAAAGAAAGAGGUCACGAUGGGUCUUUUCUUAACCAAGAAAGAACGAAAGAAAUUGAGAAGAUUGAACAGGAGGGAGGCCAUGAAAGAUGAACAGGAAAAAGUUCGACUCGGACUUGCGCCCGCUCCUGAACCAAAAGUGAAGCUGUCCAAUCUCAUGCGCGUCCUUGGGAACGAUGCGGUGCAAGAUCCAACUAAAGUGGAACAACAUGUCCGUGCUCAAAUGGCCAAAAGAAAGCGCGAACACGAGCAAGCCAAUGCAGCGAGAAAAUUGACAACUGAACAGAGAAAAGAAAAGAAGAUGAAGAAAUUAAAGGAGGAUGUUUCUUCGGGAGUGCAUGUUGCUAUCUACAGAGUCAAAAGUCUGCGAGAUCCGGCGAAGAAAUUCAAAAUCGAAGCGAACAGUAAUCAAUUAUAUAUGACAGGAUGUGUUGUUUUGUUCAAAGAUAUAAACGUUGUUGUUGUGGAGGGUGGGCCGAAGGCGCAAAGAAAAUUUCAAAGAUUAAUGAUGAUAAGAAUGAAAUGGGCCGACGAGAAAAAGUGGAAGAGAGACGAAGGCGAAGAGUCCGGCCCUAAUUCAUGCCAGCUUAUAUGGGAAGGCCAGUCAAAGUCGAAGAACUUCGGUCCAAUAACAGUUAAACAAUGUUUAACCGAACUGGCCGCUCGAGAGUUUUUCAAAAAACAUGGCGUCGAACAUUACUGGGAUCUCGCUCACUCGACGAAAAUUUUAGAAGAGUGAGAGUAAUAAAACGAAGAAUGUCGGAAUAUAAUAAGAAGUGGACGAGUGAUGUGGAGAUAUUGAAGGGCGGUGGCAUUACUGCCAAGUACAAGCAUGUUUACAAGACAAUAAUAACAACGACAGUUUGAGGCUGUCUAUCCUUUCUAUUUAAUCGUAAGCCCGUUCUAUUUAUAUGGACCCGUUGAAUAGACCCUGGUUUGCUGAAAGGAGCCAUAUUUCAGCAAUUGCAUAAUAUAAAAUGGCUACUUAUCUUCGCUAUAUUUAUCUCAACGUCGCCCAGUCGAAGCAAAGUCCCCAGCUAUUGCUUUAGAAUGAAUACUUUGACGAUCGCUGAUACUUCAGGGGCUAUAGCUAGGCUUGUCCAUGCGACGGACAGAUCAGACGGGGGUUGUUGCGAAAUUUGAAAUUAUUCCAUCCGUACUGCUAGGGAAAGGAAACGGCUAAAAGGGACUUUUACAAACUUGAGAGGUAGUUGAAAUCAAUUGGAUUUCAAAUUUUGUAAUAAUUUUUCAAUGUGCAAAAAAUUAAAACAUGAAUGUGAAUAUGAACCUAUGAGGCGAAUUUAAUACCAAAUAUUUGAAAUGAUCACGAGGAGACGUAUUUCUCAGCUUUGUAUCAUUCUAUCUAUUGUCUUGAAGCAGAUUAUGGUGUACUCCCGAAGUAUGUGAACCAAGAUGGCGGACACUGGAACGUAGUAUGUGUAUCAGGUCAGGGCUAGGCCGUAAUUUUGGUACAAAUGCCACGGUAGUCACUUGGCUUUCCCCCAAAAAAAGGAAAAUUGUAAUAAAACUAUGGUGUCCGCCAUUUUGGUUCCCAUACUUAGGGAGUAAGGGAUACACCGAUUAUGGUGCUCGAUUUCUCUGGAAACUUUCAGCAAGUGACUUGUUUCGUCUAAGUACAAAUGUCGUUCUGCGAUUCAACUAUGUGAAAAAUUUAAUAAACGAAAAUACAAUUA